CCUUGCGUGAUUACACGUUAUAUCGAUAAUGUGAAGCGGAAUACUUAGGUUAGAGCAUUCAUUAUGGCAUACAAUUCUUGUACAGGUCAGAACUAAUCAAAUAUUUGUUAUAUAUUCGUUCUAAAAUGUUACAAAGUUGCUUGAAAUUUGACUUCUAACAGUAGAUUUGAAGCCAUAUGAUAUAUCAAGCACUAAAUAAUGCUUGUCAACGAACAAAAUGGAUUGUAGCGUUAUCGCUUGCUUCGUUAACGAACAUAAUGUAAAACAUAUGUCAAGAAAAUUGUGUUAAAUUACAAACUCCUUGCAACAAUCUUGACACUUAAUGUGCUCAUCUAAAAACGUUUAACAGAAAUAAGAUUCGCAGUAAAUCAUCUUUAUUCUCAAUACACAGAAAGAAUAAAAAGAUUUGAGGGAAAUUAUAUUUGACACAAGGUAUAUGUCAGGCAUCUGUUAACAAAAAAAAAUAAUGUAUGAAGAUUUGAAAUGCGAUUAAAGGUUAUAUGAUACGCUAUACAUCAACUAGCGAGAGUGUAUAAAAGAAGUCGAAACCGAACAGGUGAUUCAAUGGACUUUUAACAGCUCGUAUUCUUGUUACAACCGUAUAAUACGCGAAUUAUAAAUUUGACAACUUCUUUUUAUCUGUGCUUGUGAAUUACUGUCAAUCUUAUUUUCAUGUUAUAAAUUGAUAUCUAUUUUCCGAUGUAUAAAUCUGACCAGAUUGUCACUAUAAAAGCCUUGGGCAUUCCUUGAUAGUUACUGGUCCGGAACGGAAAGUACCAACGAUCAGCUGUUUUCACAGCAGACGAAAAAUGCAACAAAUAUCAACAUUUUUCUUCAAUUAUUUAAUUUUUUCCGUUCUGUUUAAAUAUUUGGACGGCAAUCCUGCUCGAGUGGAUUUAAGAGAACAUGAUUUAAGUCAUAUAUCUAGCGAGCAGCUGAGGCGAGUCGUAACACAGGAUGAAAAUCGGGAAUUGCGAUCAGAAACGGACGAAACAUUACUAGAACAUCUAUAUAACCAAACUCAAUAUAGAGAUCAAAAUAGAUCAAAAUGUACGUCUUGUACCAUCAGAGAAGACCAAAAGAGAAACAGAAUUGAAUCAAUCAAAAAUCGAAUUUCGCAUGCAUUAAGACUAGAUGUUCUUGGGAAACCAAAUAUGACAAAUAACAAACUACCAAAAAUACCACAAUUUCAGAAAUUAAAGCAAAAAUACGAAAUAAGAGAAGCUUUAGAUAUGCAGAGUGAUGAAGUUCGUAACUCUCAGGAGGAUUAUGUUGAGGAGUACGGACAAUCUCAAAGGACUUAUACAUUUGCUCAACUUCCUCCAACAGAACUAAACAUUGAACAACCAAAUUCUAUAUACUUCACUUUACCAGAUCUAAUAGACAAGGUCUUGGAGAAAGCUUUUCUGUGGGUUUAUAUUGAUCCAUCUCAAAAUGUUACACAAAUUUAUAUAUAUUCACUCGUCAAAAGUUCAAAAAACAGUGACUUCAUAGAAAAGCAGUUCUUAAGUCGUAAAAAACGAUCAUCCCGUGGAUGGCAACAUUUUAAUAUUUUGAACGAAGUAGAAAAAUGGAUAGAAGAUCCAUCAAGGAAUAAAGGUCUUGUCGUUGAAGCACUGGACGAUAACGGAAGAAACUCCAUAAUAUUGCCAUCUGCAAAUGAUGAUGGAUACGAACCUGUAUUGGAUACAAGAACAUCGCUUCAGGAACAACACAGUCGUAGAAAACGGUCAAUAUAUCUCAACUGUGACGAAGAACACGCAACCGAGUCUUGUUGUAGAUACCCAUUAACUGUUGACUUUGUGGAGUUUGGAUGGGACUUCAUAAUAGCCCCGUUAACAUAUUCUGCAUAUUACUGUGCAGGAGAAUGUAGGAAUCAACACAUGGAUUCUGGUCCUCAUGGAUAUUUACGACAACAAGUGGAUGCGAUACCCCCCGAACAUGGACCUUGUUGUAGCCCAACUAGAAUGGGACAACUAUCAAUGCUUUACUUUGAUCAUUCAAUGAACAUUCAAUUCACAACCUUGCCGAGAAUGAAAGUUGAGAGAUGUGGAUGUACUUAGCCUCAAUGCAAACUUCCGAAAGAUGUCUUUCAUGUUGGUUGUCGUGAACAGUGUACAUGAGCUGAAAGGCCCGUUUGUGUAUGGUUGUUUGUUGUGAUUAAGAAAUCCUAUCAUUGAUCUCGUGUUUAUCUCGUACAGUCGAUCAUUUGUAACUGUUAAUAUUGCUAUUUGUAUAUAUGUAUAUAUAUGUGUAUUAGAUACAUGUAAAUAGCUAGCCCGAUUGGGUGUAUCUAAUAUACAGCAAGAUAUUCACAUUAGAAACUUAGGACUAUAAGAUUGAUCGUAAGCCAUCAACAAUUCAGUAUACUUACGAUCAAUCUAAGUCGUAAGUUUUUUUUUGUAAAACUGACUCAAAAGGAUAGAUUUUGAUAAUUUAGGAUGAGAAACUUUCAGAAGUUUAGUCUUAUUCUAUGGUAAUGCGUGAUAAAGGAAAAAUAUCCAAUCUCAUUUAAUGACACAUUGGAUUAAAUAUUGGAAAAGUAGAAAGUAGAUCUGACACGUUAUAUCACUUCUUAUUCUAUUCAGUAAUACUGUACUAUAAUAAGAAAACCUUAUGUUAUACGAUGAAAGUAAAACUAAUGAAGUUGCCAAUUAGUUCAGAAAAGUUUUCGUGCAAGUGCACUGAUUUGCGGUCUUAAAUCGCCAAACUCCUAUCAAUCCUUGAAGAUAAAGCUGGGACCUGUAACACAUACUCUCUCGUUUAAGUUGAACAUAUUGUUCUCGAUAGAUACACAUACUUGUAUUACUGCUUUAGUUUUGGUAGACUUAAUUCGUGCCGAAUUAUUACAAAGGUUUAUUUAUUUAAACGUUCAAUAUUAUUUUUUCUAAACUUCGAAAAUGUAUUCCAUUCCAAAAUUUUCCUAUUAUCUGCAAUCUGUAACAAUAACAUCAUAAGUAUAAACUUAAAUGUCAAUUAUCUUUGUAAUAAUUAAUGAUAAUACAAUUGAUGUAAAAUUAUUUGUUAGUAAACUUUAUUCAUUACAAAGAAUUUACCAAUCGAAAUUUAACUGAUGUUUACUCCCAUGUAGUUAGAAUGGUCAGUAAAUAUUAAGCAAUAUUACAGAAUAUCUUUUACAUGUUUUGUUUUGUUCCUGAAGAUAUCGGAAACAUUUGAUCGACUGUAUAUUAACAGUAUUUGUUGUUUGUUCCUUGGUGUUCAUUGUUGUAACAUGGCAAUAUGGUGCUUUACAAAGUCUUUAUAUUUUAAGCUAUUUAAAAUGACGACCGCUAAAGCGGUAAAUUGUAAUUUAAAGUAGUCUGGUUCGCUUCAAAAGCAUAUUGUAUCAUUAUUUUUAUAAUGUAUAGAGUACACAUCGUUAAAAAAAAUUGUACUUCCUAUCAGUGCUUUUGCUUAGUUGAUGUUGUGAAAUUGGAAAUACAUCAGUUUUGGUGCACAAUUAGUGCUGUAAAAUUAAUGCUUCGUAGUAAUAAGUGAGAAAUAGACCCAAGCAAAACCGGGUACGAUAUCUUUUUAAAAAUCAUUUGGUUUUUUUUCUAUUUGAUAUGCUUUGUUUUCGGAUUUGGCUAAGAUUUUUUUCUAUUUGAUAAGUGUGUUUUGGAAUUGGCUAAGAUGCCCUUGUCUAUCUUUCAAAACUGAGCAUAACAAAAUAUUUUUGACAGUUAAAGUGUGUUAAGCUAAAAAAAAUUAAUUCAAACAUAUUUUUCCAUUUAAUGGAAGAAAUCGGCAAAUUUUGUAAUAUGAAUAUUUGCGUGUAUUAGCAAUGGUGGGUUAACCCACAAAAUUUGCAACCAAGUUGCAUGUGAUUGACUAAAUAGGGCAUAUUUAAGUGAUAAAGACAACAUCAUGGGAUCUGCGGUGUCUCAAAAUACCAGAAUUAUAUAAUUGUAUGUGGUUGAAACAAAUUUAUUAUAAAGACGAAAUAGUGUUGUAUUUUAUGAUAUUGACAUAUUUGAAAUAUAGAUAUGAAGAUAUUUCUCAUGACAGUAAAAAAUAAUUUUAAUCUUCAAACUAUAAUCUGUCUGUUGGUCUUUUUUCUCUACAAAUAUUAUGUUCCAGACAAUAUAGAUAUAUAGUGAGGUCCAUAUUCUAAUGCAUUCCAUUUUUAAUGUGCAUUAAAGAUAUUAGCGUGAGGGAAACUUGUAGCUUGAAUGACUGUAAAGAAUAUGGUUAUAUAAAUGCUGCAGUGAUUGUUUGUGAAUUUGUUAAACUGUUAUGCUUACUUGUCUUUAAAAAUGGGUAUUUAGAGGGACAACACUUUAUAUUACUUUUGUUAUCAGUAAGGUAUAUUUAUUUUUGGAAACUGCAUCUAACAAUAUGACCACAGUUUGCCUUUGAAAAAAAUGAUGUUAACAACGUUUCGAACUGUGAUAAUACAAAUAAAAAUUUUAUCUUA